UAAAGAGAAUGUUUGUUCACGAGCGACACAUCACUCGUUUGUUUACGAAUUCCCCCUCAUCUUCCUAGCAUCCCAUCCGAAUUAUGUAGGUACAUGCAAAUAAUCGGUGCGUUGAAGACCACAAGAACGAGAGGUUGCGUCUUCUGGAAGUCAUUGCCAGACAUGGGCGUGUAACGCGAGGAAGACGACAAACACUACUUUACUUCUAUUGGUUGGCCGAUAACGUGAUGCCUGAGGUCCGGGACCUUUCUGAGGCGUUGCCAGAGAUGCCCAUGGACCCCAUUACUGGAGUUGGUGUUGUAGCUUCCAGGAGCCGGGCGCCAACUGGUUAUGACGUUGUUUCAACAACAACAGAUGGCCUGGAUGCUGACCUGUGGAAAGAUGGACUUUUCAAAUCCAAGGUGACCCGGUACCUGUGCUUUACCAGGGUCUUCUCUAAGGAAAAUAGCCAUUUAGGAAAUGUUCUUGUUGACAUGAAGCUGAUCGAUAUAAAGGACACCCUCCCUGUAGGGUUCAUUCCAAUCCAGGAGACUGUCGACACUCAAGAGCAGGCAUUCAGAAAGAGGCGACUCUGCAUCAAGUUUAUUCCACGAGACUCGACAGAGGCAGCCAUCUGUGACAUUCGUAUCCUGGGGAGGUCCAAGCAGGCUCCACCUCAAUACACCUUUAUCGGAGAACUAAACAACAUGGGUAUCUGGUACCGCAUGGGUACUGUACCACGAACUCAGGACACCGCUCACACAUCGCCUGUGAAUGACGUCCAGAAUAUGAAUUCUACCUCAACAUCCUCUUCUGUCCCAGCACCUCCACUCACCAAGAAUAUUUCCAUGACCCUUCCUGCCAGUUUCAGAGGGAAAAAUGCUACCAGACCAGAUUACGAGCACCAAAACUCCAACCUCUAUGCAAUCUCAGCAAUGGAUGGAGUGCCCUUUAUGAUCUCCGAGAAGUUUGCAUGUGCCUCAUCAGAGUUGCAGCAGGUGGAUCUCAUUGGCAUUACGAUCAAAACGUUGGCUGAGAUCGAGAAAGAGUAUGAUUACAGUUUUCGCACAGAGCACAGCGCUGCAGCUCGCCUCCCUCCCAGUCCAACUCGGCCCUCGCUGAGCUCUGAGGCCUGAAGAAUCCGCUUCAAAACCCACUAUUGAGGGCAACCCCACUUGGACUCACGUACACUCCACUGACCCACAACUGUGUCCAGAAGGCAAAUACUAGUUUGACUUUUGCUCCUUCUCGAACUAAAAUACAGGUGUUUUAUGUGAAGAGAACCACUCCACACAACACUGAGUUGAAGCUGAGGUAGAAAUGUAACGACGUAGCUCAGAGGAAAUGUAGACCGAUUCAUAACCUUAAACAUAGUGUUCUUUGAAAAAUGUAUUUCUUGUUCUGUGUCCGGCAGUGGCAAAACAAAACACGCCAAUGCGAUGGACUUCAAUGAAAUGAACUGUGUAUUUCUACCAGUUGUUUUAAAAGAAAAAUGGCUGGAGCCGUACAGCUUUUUGCCGUCUGAUUUAUACUGAUAUUUAUUAGGCAUUGUAUUUUCUUUUUAGGGUGCCUCAAUAACCAUACAUAAUGUUUUAUGCUUGCAUGCUUGCUGAAACUGUUAAUGAGCCAACACUGACUGACUUGUUCUUUAAAAUUGUUUAUUGCUCUAACUAAGAGGCGAUAACCGGUGUUUUUGUCAGGUGUUUUUUGAGCUUAACCCAACAGUAUGCUUGCUUUUUUAAAAUAUUUUUUUAACCAUACAAUUGCACUCAAAGUUAUUGUACCCUCACAGGAAAUUAUAUUUAUUUGGAACAAACUAAAGAAAUGUAAAUACCCCAAAAUAAAUCCAAACAUUACAAAUUAGGACCGAGAAUUUCAGGGUACCUGAAGAUACGACACGAUACGCGAUAUAUAACUCACGGUACUUCGAAAUUCCGGGCUAGUUUCGAUAAAUCAGGAUCAUGACUAUGGAACUAAAUUUGGUUCAAAUGUUUUGUAUUUCAAAAAUGUGAUUUGGGAAACUGAAAAAAUAAGUUUUGAUUUGGAAUGUUUUAAAAUACAUCAGUGUGUAUACAAAAUAAAAAUAAGUGCACACAUUUUUUCAGGUUUAAUUGAAAUAUGAUUCACUCUGGUCAUUUUUCACUUUCAUAUAUUAUAGAACAGAAUAGAAUAGAUUGUACUUUAUUGAUCCCUGGGGGAAAUUCAGCACCACAGUUCGCUCACAAUAAACAAUGAUAAUAAUAAAUAAUAUAAUAUAUAUAAUAGAUCAUAUAUGAAUAAUGUAAAUAUAUUCUACGUAUGUUCUACAUUUUGGUGUAGUCAAGAAGGAACAUAUGCCUUAUACUGUCUGAUGGCUGUCGGUAUGAAGGACUUUCUGUGUCGUUCCGUGUUGCAUUUAGGGAGUCUGAGUCUGAGCUUAUAUAUGAGCUUCUGUUUUUUCAGAUUAUUCUUCUCUUUUUUUGUGUUAUUUAUUUGUAUUUUUUUUACUUCCCUCCCCCCCCAACUGUUUGAUUUUAUUAUAAUUUUUUUCAGAUUUAGACUCUUGGCCUGGAUAAGCGCCUAUGUGUUCAAACACAAGCCCAAAAUCGCUUAAAAUAGUGGAUUUGGUGACAUUGGUUUUACUUGGUUUCAUACUACACAACUGGUUUGUUCAAGGAGGGUUAAUUAGAGUGCAAAAGUGAACGCUUGGCAAAGCACAAUGAAACAAAAGGUCAUAUACACUCAAAUACCGUGUGAUUUGUAACUGUAUAUCAUUUUUACAAUAAAUUAUAUGCGUCUGUGGUCCGGUAGGUUGGGGACCUCCUGUGUAGUCUACAUAAUUUAAUUCCAACAUUCCCUGAAGGCAACGCGAUAGGGCAUACCCCAUAUCUUUUUUGCAAAACUCGGGCCAAAAUUAUGAAUCGGAAAAAAAAAAGAUUUGACAUUGAAAAUGUAAAAAAUACAAUUUUAAUCUAAAAAAAUAUAUUAAAAAAACUAAAACUUAAAUAAUUUAUCUAACAGAGUUAACAGAUUGAAUCAUAAUUAAAUUUAACCAGGAAAAAUAAUGUGUGCACUUAUUUUUAUUUUGAAUGCACUGACGUAUUUUAUAAAAUUUGAUCUUUCACUUUUAAAGUAAUUUUUUUAGAUACUGUCCCAAAACCAUUGGCCAUAAUUUAUCUCCAUAAGGUAUGCAUAGCAAUAAGAUGGUUAAAAAAACAGUGUCCACAGUUGGUGAAAGGUUAUCAACACUUUUGCUCCAAGCGUCUAAAAGCUUGUCCACAGUGUCCAACACAAUCAGGUUGUCCCGAUGUUCCAUUUCAGCUGUAAAUAUCAAUACAUGAAAAUAAAUGUCAGUAACAACAUUAACACAUCUACUUAAUUUGCAUUAGCAUUCGUUUCACUCUGAUUUCAGCCUACUAUACAAAUAGUGAGCUGCUGACUACUGUUUCAUGUUAUAAACCAGAGGUUCUUAACCUUUUUGACCUCAGGGCCCGACUUCCCCACUACAGAGGGGCUCACUUAAAUAUUAACACUGAAUUGGUAAUCUUACCCUUUUAUUUUGAUUGUAUUUCAAUAAUUAUAUCUAACAUACUUACAGUUUACAACCUUGUUAAAUCCUGUGAUAAUCACAAAUACUAUUUGUUUAACACAAAUCUUAGGCUGACUGGUCAAAUAAGUAUUAACCAAAUAUACUGCAUAAGAAGGGACUCAUAAAUAACUAACGAAAAAUACAUCUACAUAAAAUUAUGCGUUAGGUCAGGAAAAAACACAGAGGCUAUAUCAUCCCUUCAAGCCUGUUUCGCAGGUUUCCCUGCUUGUCAGGGGAUUUUAUGCAUACUGUUACAUGAAAUUUUGUUGUGGUAGAAUAAACAAACUAAAUCAAUGUUACUUUAUUAAGAUGUCAAUAAAAUUAAAGUGAAAAUGAAAA